AUUUUAAUGAAAACGAUUGACGUCAACAAUUUUUUUUUUGAUAAUCCAAAUUGGUAAAAAUUGAAUUUAAGGGAUUUCCAAGAAGAGAAAACUGCAGUAAAUUGUUUACAACAAACUGAGAAAAAAUAUAAUAGAAAAUCACUAUUAGUAGUUUUCAAAAUUCCAAGAAUUCAAGUACCAUCAAUAAAAAAUAAUUCUCAAUUGUUUUUUAUAAGUUUGCAUAAACCCAACAAAACAAUACCCAUAUAAAAUUAGUACCUGUAAUAAACGCAAAACUAAAAUUUUUAUCUUCAGUUUACAUUUUCUUUGCAAAAAAGAAAUAUCACAAACUAGACUUAACAUACUUAGUUUAAAUUUUGUUUGAAAAAAAUAGAAACAAUUCGUGCUGAUCGUAAUGGCUCCGAAAACUAUUGAAAUUUUAAGCACAGUAGAGGAUUACACAGAAUGCGACCUCUUCGUGGUGACUGGUGAUAAGAUUUCUUAUAUUAUUAAUUAUAGAGACGUUGUAAGCGAUACCAGGAAAAUACAGCUAGAAAAAAAACUGUUGUUUAGAUCUAAAAAUGGUGAUGUACUAGAAGGAACGUUAAUUUUCAUUUCGACAUUACAUAAGGAUUUCUAUAAGCCCGAUAUUCAAGAUGUCUAUGAAUAUGAUAAAAUUCAAUUAAGUGAUGAGGAAAUGAUGGAAGUAGAAGUGAAGUAUAUUGAAGAAGAUACAAAAGUGGAAGAUACUAACUCUUUAAAGAGGAAACGUAAGGUUCAAAAGGAUAAAGAUGAGUUUGUUAGUUUCGGACUAAACAAGAGUUUGAUAAAUAAGUCUAUUUAUAAGACUAUUAACUGGAGUUGUUACAAAAUUGCUACACGUGAAUUGUUGAUGGCUUUGUUUAGUAAAGUAACUUUGGGGACUCAUGGAUUCAAGAAACAAUUGUUUAGAAAAGAAAAACAUCUUGAGAAAUACUUAGAUUCAAGAAUAAUCGAAGAUAUAAUACAUUUAGUUUGCGAGAAAUGCGAAAAAGUUAGGAGUUCUUCAGUUCGAGCUGUUAUAAGUUCGAAAUGUUCGGAGGAGAAUAAGAUUUGGAAGAAACUUCAGAAUCAACUUAAAAAACGAACAAGGAAAUGAGCGGUGGUUAUUUAAUAACUUGUUACGAUUUUAAUAAUUCUAUGCAAAG